AUGGCUGCUCUCACUUCUCUCUCAUUUUCUGCAGUCACUCAUUGCUCAGAAAGAAAAAAACAUACCCUUUCCUCCACUCCUUUUCUCGCCUCCUCUUCAGAUUUCUUCGGCUUCCGCACCCAUUUCUCCUACCACCAUGUUGGUGUCCGAGCUUCCCAUUCCACUUCUAACAUGGUUGUUCAAUGCAUGUCUUCUGCCACAGAUGCUCCCACUGUUUCCGAGACAAAGUUAAAUUUCCUCAAGGCAUAUAAGCGACCAAUCCCUAGUAUCUACAACACAGUGCUUCAGGAGCUAAUUGUGCUGCAACAUUUCAUAAGAUACAAGAGAUCAUACCGCUAUGACCCUGUAUUUGCUCUUGGAUUUGUCACUGUAUAUGAUAAAGUCAUGGAAGGGUAUCCCAGUGAUGAGGACCGAGAUGCCAUCUUCCAAGCCUACAUUAAGGCAUUGAAGGAAGAUCCACAAGAUUACAGAAUAGAUGCACGAAAGUUGGAAGAGUGGGCUCGGGUUCAAAACGCAAGUUCCCUUGUUGAGUUUUCAUCCAAAGAAGGAGAAGUUGAGGGGAUUUUAAAGGACAUAGCAGAAAGAGCAGGGGGGAAAGGGGAAUUCAGUUAUAGUCGUUUCUUUGCAGUUGGACUCUUUCGUCUUCUUGAGUUGGCAAAUGCUACGGAACCAACAAUUUUGGACAAGCUUUGUGCGGCUUUGAAUAUCAACAAAAGAAGUGUUGAUCGGGACUUGGAUGUGUAUCGGAACCUGCUUUCAAAGUUGGUUCAAGCAAAAGAGCUGCUGAAGGAGUAUGUUGACAGGGAGAAGAAGAAAAGGGAUGAAAGGGCUGAACCACAAAAGGCUAAUGAGGCCAUCACAAAAUGUUUGGGACAACAACUGCCUGGUCUGUAG